UCAGGUCUCUGAAGUGACGCCCGCGCGCUCCGGAGGCGGGCCGCGCGCGCAGCUCUCGCGCUCAGAGCCGUUCAGUGUGAAGUGUCUGGCGCUUCUCCAGCUCGUGUGGGAUCUGUUCUCAUGAGGAGACUUUAGACAGAUGGAGGUGUUUGUGCUGCUGUCAGCGCUGCUGUGUGUCCAGAGCUCCGUCAGUUCUCCAGUCUCCACAGCUGAUCAGGCUCAGGGUUUUCUGGAGCGAUAUGGAUACCUGCAGAAGGAGAAUGAAUCUCACAGCGCAGCUGAAGUCAGGUCUGCCAUCAGAGCGUUUCAGAGGUGGUCUCAGCUGCCCGUCUCUGGAGGUCUGGACAGAGUCACUCUGGAGAAGAUGAGCUCGCCCCGCUGCGGGGUUCAGGACGCCCGGGGUCAAAGGGUCAGCAGGGUCUUCUCAGGCCGACACCUCCGCAAGAAGCGUUUCGCUCAGACAGAAGAGAAGUGGCACAAACGUCACCUGACGUAUCGUAUCAUGAACGGGCCGCGUAAUCUGUCUCCUAGUCAAGUGCAUGUGGCGGUGAAGACAGCAUUCCAGCUCUGGAGUAAUGUGUCUGGACUCAUCUUCCAGGAGCUCCAGCAGGGUCCUGCUGACAUCCGGUUGGCGUUCUUUGAAGGGGAACACAAUGAUGGGACAGGAAAUGCAUUUGACGGGCCAGGUGGUACUCUGGCUCAUGCGUUUUUCCCUUUCCGUGGUGAAGCUCAUUUUGACAUGUCUGAACGCUGGACCCUGAACGGUCUCAAAGGACACAACCUGUUCCUGGUGACUGCCCAUGAAAUAGGCCACACUCUGGGAUUGGUGCAUUCGCCUGUCCGUCAUGCUCUCAUGUCACCGUACUAUAAGAAGAUGGGCUCGAAUACACUGCUAAGCUGGGAUGAUAUCACGGCUGUACAACAGCUGUACGGUAAACCACCGGGGGAUUCAGUGCAGCAGCUGGCGGGACGGGCUCUGAGAUGGACCAUGCAGGACUGGCAGGAGGAGGACUCUAAAGGAGGUUCCCUCACACCCCCUUACUGCCAGGGUUUCUUUGAUGCCGUCACUAUGGAUGAGGAUGGGACAGUGCUGGUGUUUCAGGGCAGUCGUUUCUGGACGGUGUCUAACGGCAGUGUGAGCGCUCCUCUUCCUCUUCAGAUGCGCUGGCCACAGCUGUCAUUGGCUAUUGAAGCGGCUGCCUUCUCCCCACUCGACAGCAAACUCUACUUCUUCAAAGGACGGCGGAUCUGGCGUUACUCAGGCUCUGAUCUGGACCCUGGGUUCCCCAUGAAGAGCAGUGAUCUGGGUUUGCCGAAUCACUCUGACUGUGCCUUCUUCUACCAUCCUCUGGGACACAUGGUGCUCUUCAGAGGAUCCCGCUACUAUGUCCUGAACCUGGAGUCUCUCAGCGUGGAGCCGUACUAUCCUCGUGCCCUGCAUGACUGGAAGGGGCUUCCACGCGGACUCAACGGGGCCUUGACUCGACCGGACGGAAAGCUGUAUUUCUUUAAAGAGCAGCAGUACUGGAGGUUUGAUCCUGGAAAGGUGCGGAUCACUGCAGCUGGACGGUGGACAGAGAGACUUCCGUGGAUCGGUUGCCAAACAACUUCAUCAUUACAGGGUAAUGACAUACUCUGACCAGCAGAGGGAGGCAAAUGUGAUUAACAAUAAUACCUGACAGAAACCUCUUAGUGUUGAGGUCUACAAAUGCCACCAGAGAUGUUUUAUGUUGAGUUUAUCAAUGCUUGAUUAAUAGGUAACAUAAUGACACUGCAUUUUUGCAAAAAAUCAGUUGUUAAGUAUGUUCAAGCAGCUGAAUAUUAGCCUAAGGUUUAAUUAAGAAAGAUGACAAACAGAAAUCUAAAUAUUUAGUCCAAUUUAAAUG